AUGUUUCCUACCUUCACCACCUGGCUGGAGAAGGUUGAUAUACAUUCUAGUGGUUAUAUAGAGAUUCUAGACUGUCAGAAGGUUGAUAUACAUUCUAGUGGUUAUAUAGAGAUUCUAGACUGUCAGAAGGUUGAUAUACCCUCUAGUGGUUAUAUAGAGAUUCUAGACUGUCAGAAGGUUGACAUACCCUCUAGUGGUUAUAUAGAGAUUCUAGACUGUCAGAAGGUUGAUAUACCCUCUAGUGGUUAUAUAGAGAUUCUAGACUGUCAGAAGGUUGAUAUACCCUCUAGUGGUUAUAUAGAGAUUCUAGACUGUCAGAAGGUUGAUAUACCCUCUAGUGGUUAUAUAGAGAUUCUAGACUGUCAGAAGGUUGAUAUACCCUCUAGUGGUUAUAUAGAGAUUCUAGACUGUCAGAAGGUUGAUAUACAUUCUAGUGGUUAUAUAGAGAUUCUAGACUGUCAGAAGGUUGAUAUACCCUCUAGUGGUUAUAUAGAGAUUCUAGACUGUCAGAAGGUUGAUAUACCCUCUAGUGGUUAUAUAGAGAUUCUAGACUGUCAGAAGGUUGAUAUACCCUCUAGUGGUUAUAUAGAGAUUCUAGACUGUCAGAAGGUUGAUAUACCCUCUAGUGGUUAUAUAGAGAUUCUAGACUGUCAGAAGGUUGAUAUACCCUCUAGUGGUUAUAUAGAGAUUCUAGACUGUCAGAAGGUUGAUAUACAUUCUAGUGGUUAUAUAGAGAUUCUAGACUGUCAGAAGGUUGAUAUACCCUCUAGUGGUUAUAUAGAGAUUCUAGACUGUCAGAAGGUUGAUAUACCCUCUAGUGGUUAUAUAGAGAUUCUAGACUGUCAGAAGGUUGAUAUACCCUCUAGUGGUUAUAUAGAGAUUCUAGACUGUCAGAAGGUUGAUAUACAUUCUAGUGGUUAUAUAGAGAUUCUAGACUGUCAGAAGGUGGAUAUACCCUCUAGUGGUUAUAUAGAGAUUCUAGACUGUCAGAAGGUUGAUAUACAUUCUAGUGGUUAUAUAGAGAUUCUAGACUGUCAGAAGGUGGAUAUACCCUCUAGUGGUUAUAUAGAGAUUCUAGACUGUCAGAAGGUUGAUAUACAUUCUAGUGGUUAUAUAGAGAUUCUAGACUGUCAGAAGGUGGAUAUACCCUCUAGUGGUUAUAUAGAGAUUCUAGACUGUCAGAAGGUUGAUAUACCCUCUAGUGGUUAUAUAGAGAUUCUAGACUGUGAGUCAUUAGUUUCAAUGUAAAAUGUUUCUAUACCACCUGAGAUUAAAGGAUAGUAGUGGAAGAGAACACAUCACAGCUGAUUCAGCUAAGGGCCUGGAGUUUUCCUACAUCGGAGCAAAACUCUGGACCCCUCCCUGCCUGAUAUGUGUUACAUACUGACAAGACUUAUCGUUUGGACACGUGUGUUAUUACAAUCUCUCAUAUGGGCCCCCUGUAACAGACUAUAAAUAUCACAAGGUGUGUGUGUGUGCGUGCGUGCGUAUGAGUGUU